AUGCGUUUAGCACUCACUUUAUCCUGUCUUUCUUUGGUCUCACCCGCACUGUCCGCCACGUUUUCUCGACGUAGCGCCUUCGCGCCUGGGGUUUGGACCUUGGCUCAACAAGGGACCACCGGUGUGAGUGCUCUAGAGAUGGCGGUAGUCUCCGAGACAACUGUCCUCAUUUUUGACAAAGUUGAGCACAACCCACUUACAGUAAACGGACACGUCGCUUGGGGAUCCGAAUUCAAUCUUCAGACCAAACAAGCCCGACCCCUCAACCCUUUGAGCAACACAUGGUGUGCCAGCGGAAGUUUUCUCGGAAAUGGCACAUUCAUCAGUACAGGAGGGAAUCCGGUUGUGAUCACCGGUCAGAGCGGUCUCCAAGCAUUGCGUUUGUUUACUCCAUGUACUGACGGGAAUUGCGAUGUCUUUGAGGACCCGAACCGUAUCAGGCUUACUUCUAAUCGUUGGUACCCUGCAUCAGUCCGGAUCGAGGACGGGUCCGUCAUUAUCUGGGGUGGAUCCACUACCGGCGCGUUUAUAAACAGUGCAGGCAUCAACAAUCCAUCCUAUGAAUUCUUCCCACCCAAGAACAUCCACGGUUUCAAUGGCCUCAAGAUCCCGAGCCAGUUUAUGGUCGAUACCCUCAACGGCAAUCACUUCCCAAUCGUAGCUCAGCUACCUGACGGUGACAUCUUCAUAGCCGCGAACCAGGCAGCCAUGCUCUUCAAUUGGAGGACGAACACCGAAACACCUCUUCCUGGCAUUCCGAAUGGUGUUCGAAUCAGUUCUCCGUUUUCAGCUGGCGCUGUACUACUUCCUCUAACCCCAGAAAACAACUAUGUCCCGGAAAUCUUGAUUUGUGGAGGUUCAACACUCUCCGAUACAGUCGACCCUUCCUCAAUCUCGUCCCAGGCGCCAACAUCUGCACAGUGUUCCCGAAUGGUUCUCACAACGGCAGGGAUAGCAGCUGGAUGGAAAGUCGAGAGCAUGCCAGUGCCUCGAAUCAUGCCUGAUUUGAUACUCCUUCCCGAUGGAAGAGUUUUGGUCGUUAACGGCGCUCAAACCGGUAUCGCUAGUUAUGACAAUGUCAACGAUCCGGUCGGUCACAGCAACGCUGACCACCCAGCUUUUACCCCAGUGAUUUACGAUCCUGCUGCACCGGCCGGGAGUCGUUUUACUUCUUCCGGUAUUCCCGCCUCUACGAUUCCUCGGAUGUAUCACUCCACCGCCAGUCUGACGCCAAAUGGGAGCGUGAUGCUUGCGGGAUCUAAUCCUAAUACCGAUUUUACCACAACGACAUUCCAAACUGAGUAUCGUGUGGAAUUCUAUUCUCCACCAUACCUGUCUCAACCGCGCCCAACAUAUACUGGCCUGCCUGCAACCGUUGACUUUGGUUCAAGUUUCAAGUUGUCAGUUUCGUUACCGUCGGGUGUAAAUACAGUUUCAGUUGUGGCUAUCGAUCUUGGUUUUUCUACGCAUGGUGUCCAUAUGGACCAUCGAUCUGUCAAACUGGUUUCUAGCCUCUCUACAGACAAGAAGACCUUGACAGUAACUGGUCCUCCCUCUGGAAAUCAUUAUCCACCUGGGCCAGCAUUCAUCUACGUGGUAACUGACACUGGUGUUCCAAGCUUCGGGCAUAAAACCAUUAUUGGGACUGGUGCCUCUCCACCUGUAGACCAAGGCGCAAUUGAUAAUUUGCUCCGCUCAACUACCGGUCCUCAACUUGACCUCCAGGGUAGUCCUACGGAAAGCGGAGAGGGCAGCGAUACUGCCACAGCUGUCAUUCCUCUCACAAACUGA